UUGUAUCCAGGAGGAUCAUAUCAUGAUGGCGGCAAGUUGUUGAUAUGAAUGAUGUAACGUAUUGGAACAUGCAGAAAAGUGUAUGGUAGAUUUAUUUAAUUUCUGUGAAGAUCAAGACAAGUUUUUAUAAGCGAUUAUGUUGUCAGGUUUAUGUUGUCGUUCUGGCUGCUCAAAGUGGUUAUAUUCGUAUGAUGUUUGGCGAGGAGUUUCGUAUGCCUCCAGAGCCGUAAGCAGAAUUUCAAUUAAAAAUGAAAGACGAAGAUGCAUUGGAAUAUUAAGUACAACAGAGGCAUACAGAUGUAUUCCAGUGUAUGCAGGGCCAAGGUCAGAAUAUAUCACAACAACGUCUGGGCGAUAUUUUAGCACUAACCGAUCAGGAAACACUGAAGGACCAGGUGAUGAGGGGAGGCAGCCCGGCCAGGGUGCAGGUCUAGAAGCUUCUGAUAAUGAAUAUUCUGCACAUCAGUCUCUUCCAGCAACAGUUAUAGUUCCCGAAGUAUGGCCACAUUUACCUCUUAUAGCAGUCAACAGAAACCCUGUCUUUCCACGCUUUAUAAAGUUAAUUGAAAUAACAAAUCCGGCAUUGAUUGACCUUAUAAGAAGGAAAGUGAAGCUGAAUCAACCAUAUGUAGGAGUUUUCCUUAAAACAAGUGAAGAAAAUGAAUCUGAUGUUGUCAAUAACUUAUCAGAGGUGUACCCUAUUGGAACAUUUGCCCAAAUACAUGAGAUACAAGAUCUUGGAGAUCGCCUGCGUCUUGUUGUUAUGGCCCAUAGAAGGAUUCGGCUCUUAGGACAGAUAGUAGAUGAUUCAGAAGCCCCUCCAGAAAUGACUAUCAAGUUUCCAAUAUUUAACACAUCCAUUAAUGUGUCUCUAGAAGAUACAGAUGUAGAGAAGAGGAGACGAAAACGCAGAAAGAAGAAGAUUGCAGUGGAAUCAUCAAGUAAUGAUGAGGAGGAGAAAUCAGAUGCUGCUAAUGGUUCUCAAGAAACAUCACCAGAGGAUAUUCUGAAACCACUGCCUGUGCUCAUGGUAGAAGUCGAGAAUGUCACACAUGAGAAAUUUAGGCAAACAGAAGAAGUUAAGGCUCUGACACAGGAAGUGCUAAAGACAAUUCGUGACAUCAUUAACAUGAAUCCAUUGUACCGUGAAUCAUUACAACAGAUGUUGCAUUCUGGGCAACGGGUAGCUGACAAUCCAGUCUAUUUGUCGGACUUGGGUGCUGCCCUCACCGGAGCUGAACCAGUUGAAUUGCAGCAAGUACUUCAGGAGAUGGAUAUUCCAAAAAGGUUACUGUUAUCUUUGUCACUCCUGAAGAAAGAAUUUGAGUUGAAUAAAUUGCAGCAAAAAAUUGGACGUGAAGUAGAGGAGAAAGUGAAGCAACAGCACAGGAAAUACAUUCUUCAUGAACAACUAAAAGUGAUCAAAAAGGAACUGGGGGUUGAAAAGGAUGAUAAAGAUGCAAUAGAAGAGAAGUUUAGGGAAAGGUUAAAGGGAAAAACUGUUCCAAAAAGUGUGAUGGAGGUUCUAGAUGAAGAGCUAAACAAGCUUGGUUUCCUUGAGAGUCACUCAUCAGAAUUCAAUGUCACACGGAACUACUUGGACUGGUUGACUUCACUUCCAUGGGGUGUGACUAGCACAGAGAACUUGAACUUGAAGAAAGCAAUUGAGAUACUGGAUGAAGACCACUAUGGCAUGGAGGAUGUGAAGAAGAGAAUAUUGGAGUUUAUUGCUGUGAGCCAAUUGAAGGGUAGCACUCAAGGAAAAAUUCUUUGUUUUUAUGGACCACCUGGAGUUGGGAAAACUAGUAUAGCGCGAUCUAUUGCCCGAGCACUUAAUAGAGAGUAUUUUAGGUUCAGUGUGGGUGGAAUGACAGAUGUUGCCGAGAUCAAAGGUCAUCGUCGGACAUAUGUUGGUGCUAUGCCAGGGAAAGUAAUACAGUGCCUCAAGAAAACCAAGACUGAAAAUCCAUUAAUAUUGAUAGAUGAGGUAGAUAAAAUUGGAAAGGGAUAUCAAGGCGAUCCAUCAUCUGCACUUCUAGAAAUGCUGGAUCCAGAACAAAAUGCAAAUUUUUUGGAUCAUUACCUUGAUGUUCCUGUUGAUCUGUCAAAGGUUCUGUUUAUCUGCACAGCUAAUAUAAUUGACACCAUACCAGAGCCCCUCCGAGAUCGAAUGGAAAUGAUAGAUAUGUCAGGUUAUGUUGCUGAAGAGAAACUUGCCAUAGCUAAACAGUAUCUAGUCCCCCAGGCAAUGAAAGAUUCAGGACUGGAGAAUGAACAGAUUCGGAUCCAGGAUGAUUCGUUACACAUGCUCAUCAAAUCAUACUGUCGUGAGAGUGGGGUGAGAAAUUUACAGAAGCACAUUGAGAAGGUGGUGAGAAAAGUAGCAUUUAAAGUUGUGCAAAAUGAAGUUGCUGAAGUUGAUGUCACCCCAAACAACUUGCCUGAUUUUGUUGGGAAACCUGUGUUUACACAUGACAGAAUGUAUGAUGUGACUCCCCCAGGAGUUGUGAUGGGACUUGCUUGGACUGCAAUGGGUGGCUCAACACUGUACAUUGAAACGACAACCAGACGCCCUCAUGAAGACAGCGGUGAGGGCUCCCUGGAACUGACUGGUCAUCUCGGAGAUGUAAUGAAGGAGUCAGCUAGAAUAGCACUUACAGUUGCACGCAACUUCUUGAGAAAGGAAGAUCCAAAGAACAACUUCCUCAACACUAGCCAUUUGCAUUUGCAUGUCCCAGAGGGAGCAACCCCCAAAGAUGGCCCAAGUGCAGGCUGCACUAUUGUGACAGCACUUCUCUCUCUAGCAAAAGAUGAAUCCAUACGACAGGAUGUGGCAAUGACAGGAGAAGUCUCACUCAUGGGAAAAAUUCUUCCAGUUGGUGGAAUCAAAGAGAAAACAAUUGCAGCUAAACGUGUUGGUGUAAAGUGCAUAAUUUUGCCAGAAGAGAAUAAAAAGGACUAUAAUGAUCUUCCAUCAUAUAUAACUGAAGGAUUAGAAGUUCACUUUGUGAAUCAUUAUGAAGACGUAUAUCAGAUUGUGUUCCCCAGUGCUCAUGCAAGCUAGCAACAGAGAUGGUGAAUGGUACAACCUCUGGGAAUCUACUGCUCUGAUGAGAAUAUUCAUGACGUUCAUGGCACUCAAAUGAUUAGUUGCCUCCCUGUAACAGAAUGUGUGCUGCACACUGUGACAAAGGUGAAGGAUCUGAUUAGAGCACAAAUGUCUCCAUCCUGAUCCAAUCAAAAUAAUCUUUUGUUUUAUCUUGAGAUUACCAGUUCACCUUCUACAUUCAAGUUUGUAAUUCACAUAAUUGAUAAAAUUGCAGAUCAUAAAGGGGGUCAGCGUUUGUAUAAUUCACAAAAAGGCAGGCAUGUUAUGCUCACCAGAUAUACAUUAAGAAAGACUUUGGUGAUGGGACUAAGUCCCCAGAUCAUUCUGUCUUGUAAUGGUCAUUUUGGAUUCAGCCUUCAGCCAGAGUACAUAAUUUAAACACAUGCAUUAUCUGAAGAGAGUUAUGUGUCCUCCCACAAUGUGACAAUAGCAUAUCUUACUGUGCCAUCACUCUUCAUCAGUGAGUUAUACAGUUAGUAGAAGCUCUAGAAAUAUAUCUCCUGUCAUAUUGUGUGUACUCGCAAUACCAGCAUCAUGCCAAAGUUUUGUUUGACCAGUUGGCAUCAUGUAGUCUCAGCCAAAAAGUGCAGCUAGGUGGGAGAAGACAAAAUUCGAGUUCUAUGUUAUGCCAGAGACUUUUGGAACUUGCUAACUGGGUUUUUGAAGAAACAGGUAUUAUAUAUAUCACAUUGGAAGUUCAGCAUACAAGCUGUUAAUCUUAAUUAGCUCUACAUUUUAUAUUUUGUAGCCAAAUUUUCACAAUGAACUGUUUUUUCUUAGAAACGUUCAAUCUGAGCUUCAUGUACUAUGGAGGCUAUUUAAGAUCAGUAUAAACUGAUAUUUGCCUUGCAAAUUUAUAGUGUAUUCCAGAUUUUGUUAAAACCCACCGAGUUCAUUUUGGAGAUGAAACGGGUAUCAAUGGGUGCACGUGACAUCCUGUAAAGUGUUCAUUUAUGCACUUUGUGCAAAGAACACAUGAUACAUGUAAAUUAAAUUUCCUAUGGUUAUGGUGAUGGAUCUUGUGAGACAGGAUGGGGUGGUAUGGACUGGAUUCAUUUGGCUCAGGAUAGGGACUAGUAGAGAGCUCUUGUGAAUAUUUUGGGUCUCGUAACAUGUUGGAACAUUCUUGAGUAGCUGAGUGACUGGCAGCUUCUCAAGGACUUAGCUCCAUGGAGUUAGUUAUGACAGCAAUGACGACAGGUAUGGCAUGGUAAAUUUGUAAAUACAGUAAAACUUGGUUAUAGCAACAUCGGUUUCUGCGACACCUUGUCUAUUGCGUCAAAUA